AGGCGUCUCGCUGAAGGAAAGACCUCAUUAACGCACAUGUUGCAAAGAUUCUGAGACAGCCAAACUGAACAGAGUUAAAAUAACAUGCCAGGGAGCUGUGAAUUUCCAAUAUGGAGCAAGAACCCAUCCAUAUGACACAUGCACACAUUGAGCAACACAUGUGAAAUCUGCAUUCUAGUACUGCCAUUCUCAGCCAUGUAAAUAUCUGGAUUCACACUCCACACAGCAGACGGUCUCAAAAACUCUAAAUCUGGAAAUCUUGUCUACAUCCAGUACUGAGCUACAGAAAUCGAGGCUCAUCAGACCAGGCAACAUUUUUCCAGUCUUCAACAGUCCAAUUUUGGAACAUAGACAUUUGUCACCAUGAGUGAUGCCCAGGACCCUUCCUAUCUUCUUGUGAAGAUUCUAGAAGAUUUAGACUCAAAGCAAAAUUCUGCUUCUUACCAAGACCUCUGUAAAUCUUUAUGUUCCCGAUAUGAACUACCCGAACUUGCAAAGCUGCGCAGUCUCCUUUACUACACUGCCUGUCAAGAUCCCAGCUUUCCAGCAAGUCUCUUCAGAGACAAGAUGAGAAAUGCCGCAGAGAAUCAACAAUCCAAAAAAAUUAUAGCAGCUGCUGAUAUAGUCACAAUAUUUAAUUUGAUACAAAUGAAUGAUGGGACUGCCAAAGAAAAGUUGCCCAUCCAACAGCAGUCUCAGCAGAAAGAAGGAAUGCCGUCCGACACAGAUGUUUACAGUGGAAAAGAUAUAGCCCCACAUAAAGAAGCACAGAAACGAGAUACCAACCGGAGCUAUUCCAUCACCAGGUCCUCCAACUGCCACAAAGAAGAGUGUGAGGGACUUCAUACAUUUCUCCCUGAGCCAAAUUUCCUCUUAGGAGUUAAGCAAGAAGGAAAUGAGCGGGCAGCUUCCUUGGAAAGAUUGCAAUCUUUGGACUCAUACCCUAUGGUAACACCGCAAUCCUGUGAAAUGCAAAGCACCUAUUUCCCCAGUCAGCCAUUAUCUGAGACAGAAUCACUGCCACCUACACCCAGUGAAGAGCCGUUCAGACUUCCAGCUUCCAGUGGACAGAGAAGAAAUGUUUUUAAGGAUGAUUUCCAUAAUGUAGUUAGAAUGUCACCUAAUGUAUCAUUGAAAAAGAAUGAAGGGAAAAUUAGUCCUAAGACAGUUUUUUUCAAUCACAGUUUUGAGAUGCCGUACAGUUCUCACUAUCUAAAUACAGCAUACUCCUCUUCAGAGGACUUUCGAAGGUCAAAGCACGAAAGCCUGGAUGAUCUUCAGGCUUCCACAUAUUUUGGUCCAACAACUGGUUCGGGAUUGCAAGAUCAAAAAAGGUUUAUUAAUAAGCCCAGACACCUUAUAGGAAAACCUGUAAAAAGCUGGAGCUUAAACACUGAAGAGGUACCAGAUUUUGAACGGUCAUUUUUUAAUAGAAAGGAAGAAGCUAUGUGCUACCCAAGCACUGGCUUACAAACAGCAAAUUUUGUUUCUGUACCAGAGCGACAUCAUUCUUAUUUACCAGAUCUAGCAUUGAAAAAUAAUGGAAAGAAAUUUUGUGAGCCUCAAGAUGUUGAAAAACAAGAGGCCUUAAGGAGAUUCAGAGACAAGGGCACAAAAACUCCAUCCUGUCAAUUUAGUGUAGAGAAGACCGAAAGUGUUGGUACACAGACUGAACAAACCGAUGCAAAAAAAGGAAAGGAAUCAAACAUCCCAUCCAACUGCAGCCGCUAUAUAGAAGGCAGGGCUCGUAACCAGUCUGAAGCAGACUCUGAAAUCAUUAGUGAUGACAUUAGUGACAUAUUCAGAUUUCUAGAUGAUAUGAGUCUUUGUGGAUCAUCUGGCAUCCCUCAAUCCUCUUGCUACAAUAGUAGUGGUUCCUUAUCUCAAAUUCCUCGAGUAGACAACGAUAGUUCUCCAGAGCAUGCAUCAAGCAGGGCAAACAGUAAACCAACCAAGGGCCCUCGGGGUGAAACUUUGGAAGAAGAAGAACUAAAAAGUAGUGUCAGAAAGUUAGUCAGAAGAAUUGGAGAGAUUGAGAAAAAGUUAGAGUCACUUUCUGGUGUACGCGAUGAAGUAUCUCAAGUGUUGGCUAAGCUGAAUAAGCUAGAUGAGCGAAUACAGCCCCCAGAGAAAGCAAAGUUAGAAGUUGAAAGUCAACCUCAUAGUGAUGCCAUUUCCAGUGCAAGAACUUCACCAAGUCCAUUCCAAGAUCAAAAUACAUCCCACAAUGGGAAUGUGGACAAACCUGACUGCUGUUGUCCAGACAUUACAAAUGCUACCACUGAAAGUCUCAGAGUUAAAGCCAUGAAAAAAAACCUUUUCUCACAAAGGUCUGUCCGAUCAUUAACUGAAGAUAUUAAUACCAGUGAGUCUAAACCCGGAAACUCCCAGCAUGAAUCUAGACCUUGGGGAUUCCCUAAACAGCCUAGCUUAUCUGAGGAAGAAAAGAAGGAUAAAGGGGGAUCAAGUCGAGACUGGCAUCGCAAAUCAAAAGAGCAUGAAAUACCUCAUUUGCAUAGGAUGCCAAAACCAGCCAGAGAUUCGUAUAUGGUAGAACAAGUGUUCAGUCCUCAUCCUUAUCCGGCAUCUUUGAAGUCCCACAUGAAAAGCAAUCCCAUUUACACAGACAUGCGCCUAACAGACAUGGCAGAGCUUAAACGAACCCAACCGUCAUGGACUAUAGAAGAAUAUGCACACAAUUCAGGAGAAAAAGGGCGUCUGACAGCACUGGAUCUCCAGGCUCAGGAGUCUCUUAACCCAAAUAACUUGGAGUUUUGGAUGGAAGACAUCUACACUCCGGGUUAUGACUCUCUGCUGAAGAGAAAGGAAGCAGAGUUCCGGCGAGCCAAGGUCUGUAAGAUGGCGGCACUCAUCACCGCAGCGGCCUGUACAGUAAUCCUAGUAAUUGUGGUACCUAUUUGCACCAUGAAGUCCUAAUCUCCAGAAACAGACAGACUGCUCAACUUGCACUCCCCAUGUAUCCUGUAUAGUAACCAGGAACAGGCAAUGAAAGCUACUGAUACGCAUAAAUCCCUGUGACUGUGAAAUGAAUGAGUAGAAAUGGAAAGAUACAGAACAAUAUAUAUAGGACAUGGACAUAUCUGCACAUGACAAGUAUGAUGCUAGCAUUUUCUUUGAACUCAGAUUACUGGAGUUGGAAUUACACUACGGCAUGUACCUCUUGCAGCAUAUGUAAAUGGAUUAGAGAGUCUAAUUCCUCCUCCCUCCAGAGAGAUCCUCUUGGAUGGUCAUCACAUAUUAUAAAACAAUCACAAAGUAGACCCAUCAAACUGACCCACAUGCACAGACCUCAAUGAUGCAAAUUCAGCAUUCUUCAUCUCCAUAAGGGAGAAAAAGAACGAGACAUUUAGAGGACACGCAGUGAACCACCAAAGAGAUGAUGCAGCAUCGUUUCGACAGCAAUACACAAUCAUUUCAUCUUUCGUGCCUUUCUUCGAUACAUUGACAGCAAUUUUUGCUUUUAGCAUUACAUGUAUUUUUUUAGUUGAAUAUUAGGAUAAUUUGGUUCUUAAAGAGUACUGCCAGAACUACAAAGAGCCACAUUUGGCACCCUCAACAACGGCAUAUGGAUUUAUGGAUUCAAUGUCAAAGGUUGAAAGUAAGUUAUGAUAAGCAUGAUUGUUCUUCAUUGAUGACAGUGGAAGAAUGUGUCUUCAAAACUGUAAUGACAUUAAUAUAGACUAUCUUUAAGUUAAUAACAGGUUCUUAAAGGGGUUGUCCAGGAUUAGGGGGGAAAAAAAAGGUCUGCUCUUUUUCUUCACAGUACCACCCCUGUAAAUUGGCAGUAUCUGGUAUUGCAGUUCAGAAUCAUUAACUUGAAUAGGGAUAAAGUGCAAUACCAAAAUCAGCCAAUGGACAGGAAUGGCGCAGUUUCUAAAAUAAAAAGGAAAAAGGAACUGUUUUUUCCCCUAAAAUUAGGUUUUCCAGUUGGUUCUUGUUAUGCAUAUGGUGGGAGAACCCUUUCCCAUAAUACACAAAUAGCAGCGUAGACUCUUACCUGUAUUCAAAGGGCAAGCUAUUUUCUUACUCCUAAAUGUCUGCAAAUAAAAAUGUCAGAUUAUUUACAAGAGCAAAGACACUGAGAAAUGUUGACUAUAUUAUAUAGCUAUAUAUAUUGUAUAAUGUGAAUGUAUAAGAAAAUGCAUCGUACUGAAUAUUACUAUUAGCAUGAAUUCUUUAUUAUAUAUACUGAAGCAUAAAUAUCACUAUUAAAGGGCCAUGUCCUCUGGUCCAGGCAUCUCUGGUGGUCUACAUACCGAGUUGGUCUAUACAAAAAGAAAUUGAAAGACCAAUUAAGCGAUAUUUGUAAUCAUCAGCAAAUUUUAAAAGGACUCUUUAUCUUUAUUAAGAUUAAAAUGUGUACUAUCGAUGGACAGGAAGAAUGUAUGAAGAGCGGCGUUAUUUCAUUAAAAUAUCUGAAAUGAA